ACUAAAUUUCCAGUUGAACAUUCUUUCUCUUUCUCUGCAAUUCUUCAUCAACUUUCUGGGAUUUUAUUAGCAUCAGAAAAUUUAUGUUAGGGUUAGGGUUUUUUUAAUUCUCCUCACCAUUUUCAUGUACUUACAAAACACAUUCAGAUGUAUACAUAGCUUGUUGUUUUUCUUCUGUUUUUACAGUGAUUUUUUUUUUGGGAGAAAUGGAAGCGGCGGAUAAUUCGAGGAAAAUGGUAGGUGGGCAGUAUGAAGUAGUAGCGUUUCAGCAGGAGUAUGUGAAUGUUCCAAUUCGAGUAGAUAGAUAUGGAGGUGGAGGAUUUGAGGCUCAUGAUAUCAGCGUUGGCGGUGGCUAUGAGGAGGCGAUGAGUAGCGGUGAAGAGUUGCAGGUUUGCUCUAUGCCGCUUGUUGCUGGCCCUGUAGAUAGCGGCAGAGUUAUGGCUGUGUCCUCGCGGACUAGUGAGCUUACUAUUUCUUUUGAAGGCCAAGUCUAUGUAUUCCCAGCUGUUACUCCUGAAAAGGUGCAAGCUGUGAUGCUAUUAUUAGGAGGGUGUGAGGUGCCCAGUUAUGUACCUAACUCAAAUUCUGUUGCACUGCAAAGUACAAAGAGUGUUGAGAAUGAUGUCCCCACCAGGCAAAACAUUUCUCCGAGAAUGGCAUCUCUGAUAAGGUUCCGGGAGAAGAGAAAAGAUAGAUGCUUUGAGAAAACAAUUCGUUAUGCUUGUCGAAAAGAAGUUGCACAGAGGAUGCAUCGUAAAAAUGGACAAUUUGCCUCUUUAAAAGAAGGUGGAAAGUCGUCUGCUGACAAUAUUGAUUCAGGGGACAGUGCUGCUCAUUCUGAACCUACACUACGAAGAUGUCACCACUGUGGUACUAAUGAAAGUGAGACCCCUGCAAUGCGGCGGGGCCCAUCAGGCCCUAGAACCCUCUGCAAUGCUUGUGGGCUUAUGUGGGCAAACAAGGGUAUGUUCAGAGAUAUUACAAAGGGAGGGAGUCAUGUACCCUUUGACAAAAACGAGCCAGGAACUCCUGAUAUCAAGCUGUCUACCUUUGCACCUGAGAAUUCUUAUCUAAAGCAACAUCAAGAGGGAAGUUCGGGAGAGACAAAGCUUACAGAGGAAAAUCCUUCAGUUACAACUGCUGAGCUGGAUAUGCAAGAAGCUGCAGAAAACUUCGCUGAUAGUUCACCUUUCCGUAUUCGAAGUUCUUCAGUUAACAUUGAUGACGAGGAUAAUCUCGAUGAACUCGCAAAUGCUUCUGGAACUGAAUUUGAGAUUCCUGCAGACUUCGAUGAACAGAUUGGCAUUGAUUCACAUAUGAGUGUUCACUGGCCUGUAACAUGACAUACACUAUUCCAAGUUGAUGCAGAGCUUGAAGAUUCCAGUCAUUACUAGGUGUUAUAUUAAAACUUGUAAAGCAUCUGUCUAUAUUAUAGCUAAGAGCUCGUUUAUGUAUGUUAGGGGUCGGGACAUAGGAGGUACUGGAUAUCUGUAAAUAUUUUGGUUAAUUUAUGUCAUAGAAUUUCUGGAAUUUUUGUAUCUUCUUCCAUCCUUUUCUCUUAAAUACUUUAAAGUGUUGCAACG